AUGGUGACCCAAGACGCGAGGAAGCUCCGGCAGCAGCAGCAGAAGAAAGGCCGAGGGGCAGCUGCGGGCGAUCAGUCGGGUUCGGCUGGAUCUCCCCGGGUGCUUGUGGAGGGGGAAAGGUCUCCUAAGAGGCCUCGUCCUUCCGAGAUGAGCCGCGAGGAGGGGUCUACUCGGAGGUCCGACCGUACCUUUGUGCUGCCUCCCUGCUUUAAGGACGGGGGUUACUUUGAUAGGGUUCCCAUGGCCACUUCUCCGGAUGAGGCUCGUCGGGUAGAUUCUAUGGAUUCCCCUGCUCUUCUCAAGCAUCUGGCGAGCGAUGGUGCCGCCGUCAUGAGGGUCUUGGAGAUGACCCAAGUGUUGGCCAGCCGAAGCUCGAUUUCUCCCGAGGAGCUGCGCAAAGCUGAGUCGGAGAAGAAAAAGGCCGUGGAGGAUGCCAAUCGGUUGAAGGCUGAUAGGGAGAAGCUGAAGAAGAAAGUUGAUGAGGCCCUGAAGCAGAAGGACGAGGAGAUCGAGGCGGAGAAGAAGAAGGUUGCUGAUCUUCAGCGGGAGUGGGCACCGUCGGACGAGGAGUUCCCCGAUGUGGCGGUGCUGAAGUCUCGGGCGGAGUUUGUCGAGAAGAUAAACGAGAUGAAGCUGAGUCUUGCCGAGAUGGCUGAAGCGGGGUUUGACUACGCAGUUCGGCAGUUGAGGGUUCUGAACCCCGGCCUGAAGGAAGGCAACAUCGGGGUCUCGUCGAGGAUUGUUGAUGGGGCCAUGGUGCCUGAGUCUCCCGGGGACGAUGAAUGA